GUUGGCAGUUGCGAAUUUGGCCGCCGCCGCGCCUUUCUCCUCCGACCCCACCGCCAUGAACAGCGUCGGCGCCACUGCGCGAACGCCGAAUGCAAAACACCGCUUGAGCUUGCGCUACGACGACGAACGUCUACCCCUUGUCGCUGACCCACCUCCCCGAAGCACGGAUGGAGUGUCCAUGAAAUGCGUACCGUUGGCGCCGACAUCUCUUCUCGCGACCGCGCAGGACUCGGAAGGAGGAAGCAAGUACCUCAAGAUUGGUCUCUACGGCAUGAUCAACGCGAUCAUUCUCGUUCCUUUAAUGAUCAGUUUUGCGCAAAUCAUUUUUCGCGACCCCGUGUUUCAACCGUACUUGGCGGAGCUUGUAAAACUCACCAUGGUGUCGGGGGCAGUGCAUCAGAUCUGCUUCAGCGUGUUGAGCACGCUGCCAUUUGCCGUGGGCCAAGUCCAAGACGCAGGCUUGAUCUUCCUUUCCGCCAUGGCGAGCUCGAUCGUGCAUUCGUUGCACAAGGCGGACACUGUCUUUGUGAUGGAGGAAGUGUUGGCAACGACUCUGUUCACGCUGUGCGGGUCAACAGCAUUUUUGGGCAUUGCGCUCGUCGUUACCGGCAAGCUGAAGUGGGCGAGCUUUGUUCAGUACUUGCCGAUGCCAGUCGUGGGUGGGUACUUCGCCUUCAUUGGAUUUUUCUGUUUGCAAGCUGGUCUUGCCAUGAUGUCCGGGAAAGAAGUAAAGGAAAUUGCCGACUGGGGGCAGUUGAGCGACCUCAAGUCGCUCUACUUGUGCUUUCCUGGUAUCGUGGCGGGUGUGUUCAUCUGGGUCGUGACCCAGCGCAUCAAGCACUUUACGGUCCUACCGACGUGCAUGUUUACCAUCUUGGUGCUGUUCUACGGGUCGUUGAUUCUCUCGGGUUCCUCUUUUGAAGAUGCUCGCGCGUAUGGGUGGAUUGCGCCACUGCCGAACGCUACCAUGAGCGUACUCGACAUCUACAAGCACUUCAAGCCGUCGCAUUUCCACCCCGAAUUCCUACUGGAUCAACUGCCGACAUGGAUCGCCAUGUACUUUGUCGUGGCGUUUUCGUCGUCGCUGGAUGUGGCAGCGAUUGAAAUGGCCCUCCACAAACCGCUCGACCACAACGCCGAGCUUCAGACCGUGGGCUGGUCCAACUUGGUGUCGGGCCUUACGGGCGGGUUCACGGGGUCCUACAUCUUUUCGUCCACGAUUUUUUCGAUGAAGUCGGGCGUGGACAGCCGCCUCACGGGCUUGCUGGUGUUUCUACUUGAACUGACGCUGGUCGCAAGUCCGUUCUCGAUCAUCUCAUACGUGCCGAAGCUCUUCUUCGCGUCGCUGCAAACGCUCAUUUUCGUCGACCUUUUCAUGGAAUGGAUUGUCCAUGCGCGCAAGAGUAUGUACUUGAGCGAAUACGCGAUUGUGUGGUUCACUUUUUUGGUCAUGGUGCUGUGGAAUUUGCAAGCCGGCAUCGUUUUGGGUAUCAUCGGUGCCGCUUUCAACUUCAUCUUUUCGUACGUUGAGUCCACUUCGAUCCGUCGCGUGUGGAAACAGUCGCACGUGAAGCGCCAGUUCAAGGAACGCAUAUCGCUGCUCAAGUCACGCGGGUCCAUCGUCACGUUGGAGCUAGACGGGUACAUUUUCUUUGGCAGUUCGGUCAACAUCAUGUCGGAGGUCCGCAAGCACGUGCUCCUAACGACAGACGAAUACAUCCACCAAAAGAGUUCGAGAUCCUUGAGCUCGAGCGUGAUGUCGACGCCGAAUUUCAAUACCCGCAACUACAACCGACUGUCCGUGCGUGCGCCGUACAGCUUGGCGACGCCGGCGAACAUGGGCCUUAUGGCGAUGGACGAAAUGAACGACUACUUGAGCGAAUAUAGCUCGGACGCCCCGAUCCCAGCCUGCCGCACGCUCUACCUUGUAUUGGACUUCCAGCGGGUGCAAGGCAUCGACGUAACGGCCGUGCGCAGUUGCUUCAACAUCAUGAAGCAAAUGCUCGUGGAAAACGGAAUCUCGCUUGUCUUUGCCAACUUGCCCAAGCACAUUGAAGAAAUGCUACGUCUCCAUGACGUAUUUGACGUUGACGACAAAGAUGCCCCAACUAAGGCAUUCGAAACGUUGGAUUUAGCCUUGGAAUGGUGCGAAGACGGGCUCUUGACCAAGGAAUUACCCGUGGCAGACAACGCGUCGCGCCUGCUCAAGAGUGGCCGCACUUAUCAGUUGUUGGAUGUGUUGUUGCCCAAGAGCACGACUGUCGGCGAAAACGACAAGUUUGACGAUUCAACCGGGCCGUUGUAUGUGCAAACGCAAUCGUUUGAAAAGGGCCAGCUCAUUUACUCGUGCGGUGGCGACGUCGAUGGGUUUUACGUGAUCGGGAAAGGUCUCGUCGACGUGUACUUGCCGUCGAGUGAGCACAAAAAGAUGGGGCCGGGGUUCACCGGUCGCAAGCGCAUCAUGCAAGUCACGAACGGCGGACUCUUGGGCGACGUUGACAUGAUCUUGAACAAGAAGCACACGUUCACGGCGGAAGCCAAGUCGAACUGCUUCAUCUUUUUCAUCACGAAAGAGGCCCUGAACAAGAUGAAAGUCAACCACCCAAACUUGGCUGCCCGAUUCGACAAAGCAAUCAUGCGGUCGAUGGCUUUGCAUAUCUUGGAAGUGCGUGUCGCUGACGAGUGAGUAGAUGAUUUUGGAAAAUGGAAGUUGCGGAGUUGGGGCUUUGUUUUCGAUUACCGCAUUCUGAUUGAGCAAAGAUGCAGUUCACGCACUCCUACGACCUUGACGUCGCGUGUUGGGCUGGAUGUGUCAAGCGCGGAACAGGACUCCUCGAAAACAAUCCAUCAUAAUGGUCAGUCAGGCAUUCACAAACGUUUG